UCUUUCCAACUGACAACAGAAAUUAAAUGAAUGUGGAGCAUCAUCUAUUAGUAGACUCCCAACAGCAAGAGAAAGAGACCUGGAUAUUUGAAUGUACAAGAUCAUAAAUAGGAAGAGAUGCUACAAAAGAAGAAAAAAAGGGAGGAAAAAUAGAAAUUUGCAGUUCUUAAUCUUUGGUUUAUUCUCUCUCUUUUAUAGUGUUAUAAAACCUUCUGUCAAAGCAUUACAAUGGAGUUGUGAAAGUCUUAUCAUCAUCUCUUGUCCUAUGGCUAAAACCAUAAUAACCCUCACAAAAAUUAAAAUUGCUGCUACCCAUUUCUCCAUAUCCUUGACUAGACAAGUUCAUCAGUAGUUCACAUUUCUCUCACCAUGAUUUAACUUCCAAGUUCGAGCAGUAGUCAAUGAAGAGAACACCACAGAGAAGACCAAGUUAGAAAAACAGAUUUUAAGAUAGAGAAGAUGCUUUUGAGGGAGAUUUCGGUUGAGGGAUUUUGACGAGAAGGUUUUGCUUAAUCUGCUCAGAGAAAAAGGUAUUUUCUUCCUCUUGUGAUGGAUCCUUUCUACUGUAUAGGACAGAGAACUAAGUCUCGAAGUGCAUUUAGAAAAUCAAGUGUAUCUAGUAGAGGAAACUACAAAAAAGAUCAGACUGAGAGUUCUGGACAAUGCAGCAGCAGACCGGUGGCUGAAAAAAGAACUAGGUCUCAUGCUGCAGUUAUUAAUUCCCACAGAAAGCCAUCAAGCUUUGCAAAUGGUGAUGAAGAGGUAAAUGAAACUGAUGUGAAGACUGCACGUGGCAAGAAUGAUGAUUCUUGGCAAUCAUCUUCUGAUUUCAGUGACAAAAAUGAUGAUUCUGAAGACGAGGUUGUUGACCAGGUUUUCACAUCUCUAAUUAAUUUCAUUUGGGAGAAGGGGGAAGCAAAGGUGGUUUUGGAGAGUAUAAGUUCUAAACAUGAUUCUCACAAAGAAGAAAUAUAUCCACCUAUGAUUGAGACAAAGUUUCCAUUGAAGUUCUCUUUUGGAAUUAAGAAGCCUAUAAUAGUGGAGAAGUCAGAAUCUGAGAAAGAACUGGAUCAGUUGUGGGAAGAGUUUGAUUCUUCUCUCGAUUCCAGUGAGAUUGGCUCCUUUGGUUCUUCACUGGUAAGUUUGGCAUAAGCAGAAACCUAGAAAAAACAAAAGUUCUACUUUUGCCUUGAUUUAUUCAAUUAAGGA